AUUUAUUGUUUUCAAAUGUAUACGACACCAUAUUUAUCGUUUAUUAGUUAAGCUGGCAACUACAACAAUUAAAACCAAAAUAAAACAAAAAGGACAUCGUACAGAAGAAUUUUUUUGAGUAAAGCAGUUGAAAAAUAUCAAAACAUCUCAAAUUGGUGUCUGUCUUAAAAAAUUUGAGUGAAAAGAAAGCAAUUUGUGAAUACGUCUAGUUUUUAAAAGAUCGAACAACGGAGGAACUUGUAAUUUGUUUUUCCGACAAAAAGUCAAAGAAUACGAAUUGCUACAACAACAAUAAGCGUAAACAUCACUUACUCAUUAAACAAAAAAACUGAAAAGAAGGGAACAGCUGACAGUCUCUUCAAACUAAAUAACAUAGUACAAAGCGGUGCAAAACAAGUUAAAUUUUCAAAUAAUGUUUGGUUCGCGCUGGUCGCGUUACCAAUACGACGUGGACGAUUUGCGACGCACUAAUGCCACAGCAUUAAUUCUUGAACGUCAAUACGGAGAUAUGGAUAGAUAUGUGCAACGACGGUUGCAAGUGUCAUCAGCAUACAUUGAUCGACUCGAACAGGAGACUAUACUACGUGGUCAUCAAGGUUGUGUAAACUGUCUUGAGUGGAGUAGUAAUGGACGCAUAUUAGCGUCAGGUUCUGACGAUUUUUGUGUUAUGCUUUGGGAUCCAUUUCGGAAGCGUUGCCUACGUAGUAUAACAACCAAACAUUCCGGCAAUAUAUUCUCUGUAAAGUUUUUACCACGACAUAAUGAUGCACUAAUUGCCACUGCAGCGGCGGAUAGAUCCAUUUACGUAUUUGAUGUGAAUCAUCCAAAUGAUACUAUACUGAGUUGUGCAUGUCAUGUGGGUCGUGUCAAACGGUUAGCGACAGCACCAGAUUCGCCUUUCGUAUUUUGGUCUGCUGGUGAGGAGGGUUCAGUUUUGCAGCUAGACACGCGGGAACAACAUCGUUGCAAUACUGAAGGAAAUGGUGUGCGUUUGGUAAAUCUUGAUACACACGUAAACACACAUACUGAGGCCAAAUGUCUGGCAAUUAAUCCUCGACGUACAGAACUUUUAGCAGUUGGUGCGAACGAUCCAUAUGCUCGCAUAUAUGAUAGGCGCAUGCUACAUCUAGUUUCGUCGCUGGUUGGUGGAGGCAAUAAUCCAUUUGUAAACGGUGCAGAUGACGGCAAUGGCAUAAUACCUAAGGAUUGUGUCACAUAUUAUUGUCCCGGACAUAUAAGUAAAGAUAAUUCUAAACUUAUUGAGCACGACUCUCGUGCUAUAACGUACCUUACCUUCAAUGCGACCGGCACAGAGUUGCUGGUAAAUAUGGGUGGUGAGCAUUUAUAUCUAUACGACUUACUGAACGCGGAACAACCAGUGUUUUUAAACUUACCGGAGUAUAAACCGCCACCAAGAACUUCAGAGUCCGACAUAGAAAUGGCUGUUAUGCAAGCAAAUUAUAAUUCUUCUUCGCCUAUUAGAAGUGCUGCUGAAAAUCAAGCUAUUGUUGAAAAUAACGUCUUAACACAAAGUGCAAUUAGUCCCGUCGAUGCUCCACAAACGAGUAAUCGACGCAAAUUGCCCGAAUAUAUUGAACGUUAUAAGAAAAUGGGAAACGAUUUCCUUGAAAACGAAAAAUACUUACAAGCAGUUGAAAAAUAUUCAGAAGCCAUUGAAAUGGCGCCCAACUGCCCAGUGCUAUAUUUAAAUCGGGCCACUGCUUAUAUGCGACGACUUUGGUUCGGUGAUGUAUAUGCUGCAUUGCGGGAUUGCCAUCAGGCUUUGCGACUUGAUCCAGCCUACAUUAAGGCACACUUUCGCUUAGCACGCGCGCUCCUCGUGCUAGGCAGACCGCAGGAGGCAGACGAGUGCCUUAAAGAGCUAAUAACUCGCUUUCCCAGCUAUGCGAAUAAUCAUGGUAUCAUGAUGCUACGUAAGGACAUCAAAGAAAAUCGACAAAUGUCACAAUCACAACAGCAGCAGCGGCAACAACAACAACAGCAUGGCAGUGAGCAGCAACACUAUAACUGUUUAGAACUGCCCGAUGCUGAAUAUCAAUGGCGCAGCAAAGCUAAAGACUAUAGUAAACGAUAUGUAGGGCAUUGCAAUACAACAACGGACAUCAAAGAAGCCAAUUAUUUCGGCAGCGAUGGUGAUUUUAUUGUCGCUGGUUCAGAUCAUGAGAAUUUCUUUAUUUGGGAGCGCAAUACAGGCAAAAUACGUGCCAUCUACAAGGCAGACGUUUCGAUUGUCAAUUGCGUGCAACCGCAUCCGGAAAUUUGUUUGCUUGCGACGAGCGGCAUUGAUCAGGACAUCAAAAUAUGGUCACCAACUGCACCGUCAGCCGAUGAAAGACCGAAUUUGGUUGAAUAUGUGGACAAGACGGUUGAGGAUAACCAGCAAAAGAUGAAAAUGGAUCCAUUUAAUAUGAACUCAGGCAUGAAUGCUUUCUGCUUUAAUGGAUAAUGAGUGAUAAAUGUUAGGUUAAACAUAUGUUUGCGACAACUCAACUGAAUUGUCUAACUAAAAUCUAAAACAAAAUACAUUUAGGAAAUAAUCUGAAAAAAACACAUAAAACUGCUAGCGGUACAUGUGGACUAGAUUUUGUUUUGUGAACGACACUAUGCAAUUUAGAAGCAGCUGCAUUAAAUUUCUUUAAAAAAAUUUUCUUCACUCACUUUUGUUGUUGUUAUAAUUAAGAAACUUCAAAUUGCGCUAAGAUUUGUUUUUUUUUUUAGUCAUGUUAUUUAAGUUUAUUUUAUAUAUUAUAUAUUUGCUUUUGUAUUUAAUUCGGCAGCUAUGCAAUUAAUUUGUCCUUUUUUGAGAAGACUAUGUCCACUUUGUCGUCCACAAAUGUCAUAAUGUUAGCAAUAUUAUAUAUACAAGAAUUUAGAAAUUUAUAAUUAUACUUAGAAGAGGAUGGUACUUCUUCGUCGAAUCGAUAGCGCUUGCUCAUUUCAUGUAAAGAAACGAAAAUAAGCUGAUCUUAUUAUAUUUAAGUUUAAAUUAACGAGUAAAGAAUUAAAAAAUUUUGUUAUUUUUUUUUAACGAAACUAUUCGAAAAAUAGAAUAUGAAAAUAACGAUAAAUAUUAAAAGCAAAACCGUACUCGGUUCGACGUAAAUUUUAAGAAGGGCCAUCUAAAUGUAAGCAUGUAGCAGUAGAGUAAGCGGAACGCUGAAUUUCACUAAUCAAAUUAGAAAAAAAAAAAACAUAAAAAUCAAAAUAAAGGCCGAAUGUAUGGAUGAGCUGACGCACCAAUCAAAUCAAAAUUUUAGUAGAGCGCAAAAGAGUUGGUACAAACUGAUAUCAAACACCAUAUACACAUACAUACUUGCAAUUAACAGAACUAAAUGACUAAAAAAAGGCUUCAACUUGACUAAAGCACACAUUAUAUGAAGCUUUGAUUACAAUAUGCUAUAUGGAAGUAAUAGAAUCGUCUUAUAUAUGUUUAUAUUGACUAUUUGUUGAGUUGAAUCACAUUAUAAUAUAUUUUUGUUCCAGUUUGCACACCAAUUUUUAAAUGCUUAUUUUUUUUCAAAAUGGUUUUAGUUACGCUGUAUCAAUACACAUUUUUGUAUGCCGAACGGUUUGUGUCUGCCUUUACAGCCGCAAGAGUUAUAUUCCUCAGAAUGCAAACUUUAUAAUACUUACUAAAACGAAUUAUUGAUGUGAAUACUAUAUUAUUUGUUUUCAUUAAAAAGUUAUUUUCGAACUUAAA